AUGUGGGUGAACUACUGCACAAUCCUGUAUUCUGAAAAUUCAAACAACGUAUCAGUUACAUGUGCAAAGCGUCACCUCACUGCUAUUCCAGAUGACAUUCCUGGUAAUGCAGUAUCGCUCAAUCUCAGCUCAAAUGACAUUUCAAAUAUUUCCAGGAUGGAUUUAAGAGGUUUAUCUAAGCUUGAAGCUCUAUAUGUUAAAAAUAAUUGGAUUUUACAAAUUGAUGAUGGAACUUUUGCAGACGUGGUAGAGUUAAAAGUUCUCGACUUGGGUGAAAAUUUACUCACAGCACUGACAAAAAACAUGUUUCAGGGUCUUUCCAAAUUAGAGACACUGUCUCUGGACAACAACAUUAUCUCAUUUAUUUCCCCUGUGGUCUUUCAGCCCCUGGUCAUCUUACGUUUAGUAGAUUUGAGCAAUAAUUACCUGCAUCAAAUUUCAGAUAUUGAUUAUAUUGUUAAACUUCCAACUUUACAACAUUUGAUUAUUACUCACAACAACUUUACUUCGUUUCAGUCCAAUGACCUCCAUGUAAAUACCUCAAACCUACUCACCCUAAGUUUGGAUUCAGUGAAAAAGUUCAGCAUUACAAGAGACAUUUUUCCUCAUCUGCAGUCUCUGGACUUGCGAGGCUGGUCCAAGGACAUCGAGUGGGAAGUGUCAAACAAGACCUUUUUGAGGAGCCUAACGAGACUGCACAUGAGUGAAACUUCUCUUAGCUUUGAUGUGUACAGAGCGAUUCUGCAGACUGCUUACUCUCUUCAAGAGUUUCAGAUGGAUAACAUACAAAAGUGGAUAGAUGAUGGUCUCAUUGAUGUUGCCUGCCAAAUUCCUUCUCUAAGAACAGUUGAUGUGAGAAAUAGUGAAAUUCACACCAUAAAAGAGCACAUGCUGCAGUCUUGCUCUAACCUUAUUGAGCUCAACUUAUCAUUUAACAAUAUAAAAAGCAUGGCUGAUAAUGCACUCCAGUCAAUGACACAGCUCAGAAGCCUGAUAUUACAAAAUAAUAAACUGUCCGAACUGCCAGUGGCCGUCCAAGGACUCACCACAUUGGAAGUCUAUGACCUUAGUUCCAAUGACAUCAGUGAACUUUACUGUCCUUACUUCUGGAAUUUAACAAGCCUAACAAUACUCGAUCUGAGCCACAAUCAAAUAUCCUAUAUCUCUGACUGUGUUUUUCAAAAUGUAAACAAUUUGAAAAUCUUAAAUCUUGAAAACAACCAGAUUAUGUCAUUUAUAGAUACAUUCAAAGAUAAAUUACAGACAUUGGAGUUUUUAAAUUUGAGAAAUAUUGAUAUCAUGAAUUUUAUUCAUGGAGAUUUCCGUAGUCUGUCUUCCCUUCAAUACUUGUGUAUAGACUUAGACAAGUGUUACAGUGUUGAUGAAGGAGGGUUCGAAGGACUUGAUAACCUCCAGAUUCUUUAUCUGUUAGGUGAUAAUUAUUUUUAUGACCAUUUCAGUGGACUGUCAAACUUAAGCACUCUGAUCUUAAAUGUUGUUCAAAGCCAGUCACAUAACAGCUCUGAACAAAGGGAUAGCUCUAGUCUAGUUGUGCUUACUCUCCUCGCAUCCUUCAUCUAUCACUUCCUGAGGUCACACCUCACCUAUGCCUAUUACCUCUUCCUGGCCUUUCUCUAUGAUAAUAAGAGGAGGAAGAAAGGUAUUCCUCACAGCUACGAUGCCUUUGUCUCCUACAAUGUUCAUGAUGAAGCUUGGGUCUGUGGAGAGUUGCUUCCAGAGCUGGAGGGUCAACAGGGCUGGAGACUCUGUCUGCACCACAGAGACUUUGAACCAGGUAAGCCCAUUGUCGAAAACAUUACAGAUGCCAUCUAUAACAGCAGAAAGACUAUCUGUGUGAUCAGCCCAAAUUACCUCCAGAGUGAGUGGUGCUCCAAAGAAAUCCAGAUGGCCAGCUACCGUCUGUUCGAUGAGCACAAGGAUGUGCUGAUCAUGGUGUUUCUGGAGGACAUACCAGCCAACCAGCUGUCUCCGUACUACCAAAUUAGGAGUCUGGUGAAGAGGAGCUCUUACUUGAGCUGGCCACAGGCUGGUCAACACACUGGAGUUUUCUGGCAGAAAAUACGACAAGCUCUCGAGAGAGAAGAAAACCCCGCUGAGCACACGUGA